UGCUUCGAGAGAUCAUCGCCAUGUUGACGAUAUUAGGUUUGAGCUUCCUUUCGUUGGUCACUGCCACUGUGGACCCUGCUUCUUCACAUCCCUAUCAGGACCAAAGUUCGGUUGAUUCCGUUGGCUUUAAGCUUUUCGAAACUCGGUUGGAUCAACUGGAGCUGAAACUAAAUAAGACGAAUACUCUACUGGAGAAAAUUGUAACCAGUUUGGAUGUUAUUCUGCAGCAAACCAGCCAACUGGCCGUCAUCAAGACCUGCAAUGAAGCUACCACCACAAAAGUCUACCAGCUGCGGCUGCCACUUCGCGCGUCUCCGAUAGACGUGUUCUGCGACAUGGAGCUGCUCGGCGGCGAUUGCCUGGUGAUUCAGCACCGCUUCGAUGGCUCCGUCGACUUCAACCGGAGCUGGGCCGAGUAUCGCGAUGGGUUUGGCGUGGUUGGACCGGCCAGCGAGUUCUGGCUCGGACUGGAAGCGGUUUUCCAGCUCACGCGUGGUGGAGACUACGAGCUGCUGGUGCAGCUCAGGAACGAAUCCGGUCACGACGGGCAGAUUCGUUACGAACGGUUUCUGGUAUCGGGAGAGGACCAAGAGUACAGCCUGUCUUUUGUGGGAGGAUUCCCGGGGACAAUGGGAGCGAUGUUGCAUGGGAACUUGGGUGAAGAAUUUUCAACCUACGACAGCGACAACGACAAAUGGAGCGACGGGAAUUGUGCGCAGAAAUUUGGCGGUGGGUGGUGGUUUUACGAGUGUAACCACACGAAUCUCAACGGACCUUUUGAGAAAGAUAUCAACACUGGACGAGGAAUGUACUGGAAAGGAUGGACCAACGCUGCCACGUACAGCCGGAUGUUGAUUCGACGCAGAUAAGCACAGGGACCAUCCAUAAAC